AUGGAUCUCAUCCAACUCGAAGAAUCAGCAAGGGACCAGCACGAAGCACUGGGCCAAGCCGCAGAGGCGCUCUGGCGACACGCAUUCAACUCGCGCCGCCGCCUCCGCGCCGACCAGCUCGAAGCCCUGGGCAUCACGAAAGCAACACCCCUGGAGGUCGACGAGCAGGAAGGCCCGUCCGGCUUCCCAGACCGCCGGUUUUUCCGCCCCAGCUUCAGGGACGAGCACCUCACGCACGCCCUCGACGCCGACGACCCGGAGUUCGUGGCCGGGAUCGUCGAGACGGGCCGCAAGAAGGAGAAACAAUGGGGUGAGACGUUCAGACCCAGGCCCCGUGACGACGACGACGACUGGAUGCCGCCGUACCCCGAAGAUCUGCCCCAGUUCCGCUCCAUGUGGUACAGGAGCUGCCUUAGGACGAUGCAGCAGCUGGCGCUUGACGAAGAGAUUUGGUGGUGGCAGGGGGAUGAGGAGGAGGAGCUGCCGGAGCAGCGGGAGCAUGAGGCUCGGACCGACGGGUGGCGCGGCGUCUACUCCCAUGUGGAGCCAGGCGACAGCACCUAUCGCGUGCCCCGCCGAGAGGCACAUAACUGGGACUUCCGGACGCUGUGGCUAGAGCAGCCCCGGGACCCGGGCCGGCCGCACCUCGCCGUCGUCAUGGGAGACUCGGAGGUCGUCGCUCCAGGCGAGGACGACGUGCUCGUCAGCGAGCUGCUCGCCGCCGUGGAGUACUCGAGGAGGCAGCUCAGCUGCGGCGACUUCAGCAGCCACCACACCAGGCCGAUCAUAAUCUUCACCCUCAUGUCCGAGACCCACGCCCGCAUCACACAGGCCCACGUCGACGCCAAGGCCGCCGCGCUCGUGGUGCGCCAGUCGCGGGUCCUCGACCUGCGGGGCAGGAAGCCCACGCCCGACGCGUACCUGCUGCUGCGGUGGAUGAUGAACAUCCCCGUCGGGGAGACGGAGCACAAGCUGCGGGACGAGGGGCGCGGUGUGGAGGAGGGUGGUGGUGAUGGUGGUGGUAGCCGGGGGCGAGGAGUGCCGUUGCUGGUGAGUCCGCGCUUGGCUGUGGUGGCGGCUGGCUAG